AUGGCUGCUCCCAACUCCGCCGCCGUCUUUGGCUCGACCGGCCUCGUAGGCUCCUUCAUCCUCUCCAACCUCCUCGCCUCCGGCCCCUUCAGGCCCGUCCACACCGUCGGCCGCCGCGCCCCCAAGGCCGAGUCUCCCAACCUCAACUCCAUCAUCGACGCCGACGUCAACAAGUGGCCCGCCGCCCUGACGGCCAUCUCGCCCGCUCCCCACGUCGCCUUCUCCGCCAUCGGCACGACCCGCGCGGCCGCCGGCGGCAUCGAGAACCAGUGGAAGAUUGACCACGACCUCAACGUCGAGGUGGCCCGGGCCGCCAAGCAGGCCGGCGUCAAGACCUUUGUCUUCAUCUCCAGCGUUGGAUCUGAUGGCAUCCUGGCGAGCACGUCGCCCUACAGCAAGAUGAAGAAGGGCGUCGAGACCACGGUCAAGGAGCUCGAGUUCGACCACGGCAUCAUCGUGCGCCCCGGGCUUAUUAUGGGCGAGCGCGAGCAGAAGCGCCUCGUCGAGGGCCUGGCCAUGACGUUUGCGCGUGGCUUGGGAUUCCUGGGGCUAAAGGACAGCUUUGCGCAGGAUGCCGAGGUGAUUGCGCGGGCGGCGAUUCGAGCCACGCAGCUGGCCGACGAGGGCAAGGCGCCCAGCAAGUUCUGGAUCCUCGGCCAGAGCGACAUCAUCAGGCUUGGCCGAACCGAGUGGGAGGCCAGCAAGGAAGAGGCCAAGGAGGAGGCUCAGUGA